AUGUGUGUAUAUUCUUAUUGGUUACGUUACGGGAUUAGUGCAGUCAUUAUAAUCUAUGCAUCCUGUACGUAGUCACCGCGCGAUAUCAUUUACACCCAUAAAUUCAAGAAAGGCUGGAUUUGCCCCAUAAUAGGCUACUGUCGUACUGGUGACAAACAGUCGCUUCGGACAUUUAAUAUAUAACUGGCAUAAUGACGAUUUUCAUAUCACGUAUUGUCUCCCUCGUGCUAAAGUGAUGCUUUUUAUUUAUUAUCCCGCAUUUGAAUUUAUAUAUAUCAUAUACAAGGGAAUAUUAGCCAACAUGUCCGAAUCGGGUCGAAAUAUUGUUAAAACAUUAUCGGACUGUGACUAUACACCUCAGUGACUAUGACACGAUUGUGAAUCAAUAGACACGUUCUUAACCUCGCUUGGGUCAUUGCAGCAAACUUCUGGGAUAAAUAGUAACCGCGGUUACGGAGCAUUUAGUGCUCCUCAUAAAAGUUUUUUUGUUUUAUAAUAGGCUGUGCAAAUAUUUGCAGAAGGGGUAUGAGGACUCUGAUAUGGACUGUUAUAAGUUUUAACAAUAGUUUGUUAACGGUAUUUGGAUGUAGAAACUGAUGGGUUAAGACAUAUAUCUUUCCACCAAAAUCUGAAUUUUGUUGCAGGUAUUACAGCAUAUAUUGGAGAAAAUGGCGUCAGCGGAGAAAUCCGACGUUCUUAUAUUUUACGUUAAUGGAAAGAAGGUGAUGGAAAAGAACGCAGACCCAGAAACUACCUUACUUACUUAUUUAAGAAAUAAUCUUCGACUCACUGGUUCCAAGCUUGGAUGUGGAGAAGGCGGGUGUGGUGCUUGCACUGUCAUGAUAUCAAAAUGGGAGAAAAGUUUAGAAAAGGCAAGACACUUUGCAGUGAAUGCAUGUCUGGCACCGCUGGUUUCUGUACACGGGUGUGCGGUAACAACAGUAGAAGGAAUCGGCAGCACAAAAACAAAACUUCAUCAGAUCCAAGAAAGGUUGGCAAAGUUUCACGGAUCACAAUGUGGAUUUUGUACUCCUGGUAUUGUUAUGUCGAUGUACGCAUUAUUGCGUAACAACCAAAUUCCGUCGGCAAGUGAUAUCGAUAACUGUUUACAAGGAAAUCUAUGUAGAUGUACUGGAUAUAGACCAAUUAUUGCAGCGUUCAAAACUUUUACUUGUCCAAUGGGUGAAAAAUGCUGCAAAUUUCAAAAAGAUGCACAUAACAGUCAAGAGAAUGAAAUUGAAAACAAACAGAACGGAUGGCUACCUUACGACCCUUCACAAGAACCAAUAUUUCCCCCAGAACUCAUGAUCUCAAACAAGACAAACAAUUUAGCUCGAUCUUUAACAUUCGUGGGAGAGGGAGUGACUUGGCAUCAGCCAAUCAAUUUGAAGGAAAUGUUGUCACUUAAAAAACAUUUUCCGGAUGCCAGAAUUGUUGUCGGAAACACAGAAGUUGGGAUAGAAAUGAAUAUCAAAGGACAUUGUUAUCCGCAUAUCAUUUGCCCAAUAAAUGUACAAGAACUUAACGAAAUGAACUUCGAUGACGAAGGCAUUAGCAUUGGUGCAUCGUGUCGCCUCUCAGAUGUUGCUGGAUUUUUGGAAUCUCUGCGCAAAGACAAAACUGAAGAAGAAACUCAAAUAUUUUACUCAAUAUUGGAAAUGUUAAAACUAUUUGCUGGAUUGCAGAUUCGUAAUGUGGCGUGCAUCGGUGGAAACAUCAUGACAGCAAGUCCAAUAUCGGAUCUCAAUCCCAUUUUACUUGCGGUUGGAGCAAAACUAACUUUUGCUUCAUUAAGUUCUGGUUUGAGAGAAAUUCAAAUGGAUGAAACAUUUUUUAUCGGAUACAGAAAAACGAAAACGAGAAAAGAUGAGAUCUUGGUUUCAAUAAAAAUUCCAUUUCUAACCGAAAAUGACGUCAUGAAGGCGUAUAAGCAAUCAAAGAGAAAAGAAGAUGACAUAGCUAUAGUAAAUUCAGCAAUGCAUGUUGCUUUUGAACCUGGAACAAAAACGGUUAAAAAACUAUCGAUAGCUUUCGGAGGAAUGGCAGCAAUAACAAAAGUUCCGACACAAACAAUGUCAAAAACAAUUGGAAGAACCUGGGACGGUAGUUUACUGAAUGAUGUUUGCUCGUGGUUGAGUGAAGAGAUGAAAUUGUCACUUGAUGCACCGGGAGGAAUGGUACAGUAUCGCCGUACACUGGUGACAAGCUUCUUCUUCAAAUUUUAUCAUCAUACAAUGAAUAUUUUGGUUGAAAGAGGAAUUUCAAAAAAAAACAACAUCGCAAUCAGUCGAGAAAUCAUUUCCGAUUUAUCGGUCGAAGAAGAAUCAUUUACAAGCACACAAACAUGGCAGGAGGUGCCUGAAGAUCAAAAACCAAUCGAUACCAUUGGUCGUCCGAUUCCUCAUCUAUCUGGAUUCAAGCAUACAACUGGAGAAGCAAUAUAUAUUGAUGAUAUACCACCUUACAGAGAUGAAUUGCAGAUGGUAUUAGUCUGCAGCACGAGAGCCCAUGCAAAAAUUAUCGAUGUUGAUCCAACUGUGGCACUUGAAUGUCCAGGAGUGGUUUCGUAUGUUGACAAGAAUGAUGUCAUCGGUGAAAAUGACCUUGGCAUGUACGGCGAAGUGUUUGCGAAUGGAAAGGUAACAUGUGUUGGGCACGUUAUUGGAGCCAUUGUAGCCGACACUCAGGCAAACGCAAUCAAAGCAAGUCGAUUGGUGAAAAUAACUUACGAAGAUAUAUUACCAAGAGUUAUUACCAUAGAGGAUGCUAUUAAACACGACAAAUUGUCAAUUGUAAAAAAAAUUAAAAGAGGAAAUGCUGAGGAAGGUUUCAAAAAAUGUGAUUUUGUCGUCGAAGAUGAAGCAAGAGUUGGUGGACAAGAACAUUUCUAUAUGGAGACUCAAUGUUGUAUUGCUAUUCCAAAAAAUGAAGAUGGAGAAAUGGAAGUAUUUAGUUCGUGCCAAUAUCCAAACGGAUUGCAAACUAUGGCUGCGACUUGCCUAGGACUGAAGAGAAAUAAAGUUAUCGUUCGCACGAAGCGACUAGGUGGAGGAUUUGGAGGAAAAGAAACCCGAUUUUGUGUCAUAUCAAAUCCCGCAGUUAUAGCAGCAAGAAAAUUGGGAAAGCCAAUAAGAUGCGUGUUAACCAGACAACAAGAUAUGCAAAUCACCGGCGGUAGACAUCCAUUUUUGGGUAGAUAUAAGAUCGGAUUCAAUAAAGAUGGUCAAAUCAAGGCACUGCAGAUAAAACUGUAUAGUAACGGUGGAAAUUCAGAUGAUUUGUCGUUUGGGGUGAUGGAUCGGGCAAUCGUGCAUGCUGAUAACAGCUAUAAUGUGCCUCAUAUGGAAGUGACAGGAAGUGUAUGUCAGACCAACGUUGCAUCAAAUACUGCGUUCCGAGGAUUUGGCAGCCCUCAAGCAAUGAUCAUAUCUGAAGCUUGGAUAACGAAGGUUGCAGAAACUUUAAAUAUGGAUUCAGAAAAGGUUCGUGAAUUGAACAUGUACAAAGAUGGCGAUCGAAUUUUGCACGGAACUUUACUUCAAAAUUUCCAAGCAAAACGAUGCUGGGAUGAAUGUCUUGAAAAGUCGAACUUUCACGUUGUUCGAAAGGAAAUUCGGGACUUCAAUAAAUCUUCAAGGUGGAAAAAACGAGGAAUUGCUUGCAUUCCAUCAACAUAUGCUGUUGGAUUUGGUCCUAAACAUUUGAAUCAAGGUUGCGCUUUGGUGCUAAUAUACACCGAUGGAACGGUCUUGUUGUCACAUGGCGGAACUGAAAUGGGACAAGGAUUAGAUACUAAAAUGGUUCAGGUGGCAAGUAGAGCUUUGGGAGUGUCUGUAGACAUGAUCCACAUUUCCGAAUGUUCAACAUCAUCUGUACCAAAUGCAUCAGCUACCGCAGCAAGCUCUUCGAGCGACUUGCACGGCAUGGCUGUUAAGGAAGCAUGUGAAAAAAUCAUGAAAAGGAUGGAACCGCUCAGAAAAUCGAAUCCAAAUAUUGGAUGGGAGGAACUAAUAGAGAAAGCCUAUUUGAAGCGAAUCAGUCUUUCCGCUACUGGAUUUUACAAGGUUCCAGGCCUAACUAAUGUAUGGGAUUGCCAAACCGGGGAUGUUAAGGGAGAUAUGUUUAGCUAUAUAGCCUACGGAGCAGCAGUUUCUCAGAUAGAAAUCGAUGUAUUAACUGGACAUCACGCUGUGCUAAGAACUGAUCUUGUUGUUGAUGUGGGAAAUAGCUUGAAUCCAGCAAUUGAUAUCGGACAGAUUGAAGGUGCUUUUGCUCAAGGAUACGGAAUGAUGACUUUAGAAGAAAUGCUUCAUUCACCGUCAGGGCAUUUAUGGACUAUAGGUCCAGGAGCCUACAAAAUCCCAGCAUUUGCUAACACUCCGAAACAUUUCCAUGUUCAUCUAUUGCGAAAUUGUCCCAAUGAAAAGGCGAUAUAUUGUUCAAAGGCUGUUGGUGAACCACCAUUGUUCUUGGCAGCGUCGGUCUUAUUUGCCAUAAAAGAUGCAAUCAAAUCUGCGCGAUCAGAUGCUGGAAUAACUGGUCCUUUUCGACUCGAUAGUCCAGCAACUGCUGAAAGAAUCAGAAUAGCAUGUGAAGAUGACUUUGCUAGCAAGGCAAAGCCUUCUGAAAGUGAGAACGGGUUACAACCAUGGGCAGUCCGUGCAUAAAUUUAAUUUUUUCUAAAAAUUAUCAAAAAUUGUUCAUAAUAUUUUUAUGUUAUUAACUGCAUUGUAAUAAUUGCAAUUGACGUUUAAAUUAAGUGUUUAAUAAUUCAUAAUUAUAUAUAUAUAUAUAUAUAUCUAAAAAUUGCUGUUAUAAUAUAUUACUUACUUAAUUUGCA